GAUCUGAAAGUAAUCUUUAGUUCAAACAAAGAUACUAUUUAUAAGAGCAAAGUCGGCUGAUAGCAACAUAUAGUUUAAAGUGUUUCAAGCGAGCUCAUCGAACGAACUACGAAAUUUAAACAUGAAUUCCAAAGUCUCAUUUACCCUGUGCCUUUUGGUGGUAGCAGCGUCGGCUGUACCCCAACCGCAACCCAGCGCAGGAUGGGUGAACCCAUGGGCGUCAUUAUACGCCGGAGGAGCAGGCUGGGGUGGUGGGGCUAACCCGUGGGCUGCCGCAGUAGGUGGCGGAGGAGCCUGGGGCGCGCCGGCCGCACCAGCUGCUCCAGUUAACCCGUUCAUUCCCCCAUGGAUCGCCACCGCUCCCUGGAUGCCCCAAUGGAAACCUUGCACAACCGUCGGCGCGACUUGCGCGGAUUGCACGACCAAGAGCGUAUGCACGCCCAUCGGAGGAAUCAACAAGGCAUGCAGUGACCCCACAUUACCUUACUGCAACCUUGGGGAGUGCUCAGCAACCCCCACCGCCGAGUGCGCCCCCACCACCGAAGUCCCAACAACUACCGCUUAAUUUUUCCAGAGGCUGUAAAACAUGAGUCUCAUUAGAACAUCAAAGGAUUGAUCACUCCUGUUUUUUUAUUUAUUCCUGUAACUGUGAAAUUUAAUUAUAAAUAAAACCAUUGUAUUUAUACAA